AUGGCUGCUAACGAAGAUUCGUCCUGCUUGUUUUGUGGCAUCCUCAAAGGAAUCAUUCCUAGCCACAAAGUGACCGAGACAGACUACAGUCUGGCAUUCCUCGAUAUCAUGCCAUUUUCCGAAGGACAUACCCUGGUUAUUCCGAAGUAUCACGCAGAGACCCUCGAUACUUUACCCGACGAAUACCUAAGAGACAUCGGACCACUUCUCAAGAGAGUUGCUAAAGCCGCUGGGACAACACAGUAUAAUAUUGUGCAGAAUAAUGGAAAGCUUGCUUACCAGCAAGUACCGCAUGCGCAUUUCCACGUCAUUCCAAAAAGCACAGAAACGGAUGGGUUAGUCUUACACUUGGAGGAGAGACCUCAGGCAAAGUCUACAAAUGAGGAACUGGCGGCAACAUGCGCGAAAAUGAAGGAAAGAUUAUCGCAGUAA